AUGUUCGAGUGCAAUGAUUAUCUGCACUUCGACCUGGAGCAUCCUAGACAGGCAGCUUGUUUACAAGUCUCCGUCGAGGAUGACCUGGCCAACAAUGGAACUGCAUUUAAGUUCACCUGUGUGGAAUUUCGAGGCUCGGCCGCCGCUAAGAAGUACGUUGCCAACGUCAAGCUCAAGAGCCUUGAGUUGUCGACAACAACGGAAGAUUCUUUGACAUCAAAGAGCUGGUGCCUAGGAAUACCACAGUACAAGAUGAUGCAGAAAGGCGGAGAUGACAUCGCUGGAAACAUGAAGAAAGGUGGAGAGCAUUUCGGCGCGAUGGGGCGGACAGACCCCAAGCAGAAACAAAACGACAACACCCGCCAGUGGAACAGACAAGAUCCCCGGCCACCGAAAUGUUCGAAACAGACGACUUUCUUGGUUUCGAUCUUGAACAUCACGAACAGGCUAUAA